CGCCAUGUCGGGCGCGCCGCCCGUGCUGCUCGGGCUGCGGGACGCGCCCAUGGCCGGCCCGGCCGGGCCCGCGCCGCUCCCCGCGUGGGCCACCAACAAGCUGGGCGGCUCCGCGGACUGGCCCGGGCGGGUGCGGGCGGCCCCGCGGUGCGGGCGGUGCGGGCGGGCGCUGUCGCUGCUGGUGCAGGUGUUCUGCCCGCUGGAGCGCGGCCCCGCGCACCGCGCCCUGCACGUGUUCGCCUGCGGCGCGCCCGGCUGCGGCCCCGCCGCGCACAGCUGGAAGGUGCUGCGCUCCCAGAACUCGCAGGAGGAGGAGGAAAGGCGAGCCCAGCCCGUGACACAGAAACAAGGCUCAAGCUUUGCUGCGAAGGAUUGGUGUGAGGAGGCGGAUGACUGGGGAGCCAGUGAUGGAGCAGAACCUCCUGCAUGUGCCUCCCUGCUUGGCUUAGGUGAAGCAGUGAGCAGCUCCCUGCCCAGGGAGAGGGAGCUGGACUGUGCAUCCCAGCUCCAACAGCUGCGCCUGGCUGAGCCUGCAGAGGGCUCAGGCCCCCGGAACACACAUCCUGCAGCCAGUGAGGAAAUGGCAAUGGAAACACCUGAUCCUGCCCCUGUGUUCCAGCCCUUUUAUAUCAGUGUGGUGGAUGAGGAAGACUACAGGGGCUUCCUGGAUACAGACCAUGCAGAUGAGCUACUGAAGGAGUAUCAGCAGAGAGAGGGGGUUGAUUUGGAGCAGAUGAUGUCAGAAAGCUUUGCAGGUGAAGGUGGUAAUGAAAAAUAUGAGAAGAGUGAAGUCAAGAGCUGGGACCACACGUUUUAUAAAUUCAUGAAAAGAAUAUCUCUGUGUCCUGAACAGAUUCUGAGGUACUCUUGGGGAGGGCAGCCUUUGUUCAUCACAUCUCCUCCAGCUGACAUCUCCCAGGGUGUUCCAGCCUGCAGUGUCUGUGGGAGCAGCAGAGUGUUUGAAUUGCAGCUGAUGCCAGCCCUGGUCAGCCUGCUCCACACUGACUCAGAUCUGUCAGUGGAAUUUGGAACUGCUAUAGUUUACACAUGCGAGAGAAGCUGCUGGCCAACAAAUCACCAAACCCCUCUUGAAGAAUUUAUUUUUGUACAAGAAGACCCCGAUCAGAAAUUAUUUAAAUAAAUUGUAUUUCUCUACAUAGAUGAAAA